UGAUGACAGAGUCUUUAAAGAUUUCACGCAUAUAUCAAGUGCUUGUCGCUUGUACUUAUCGCAGCACCGCUCACUUCCCCCUUCCCUUCUUAAUCCCCCCUCCGUAUCGCAAUCAUGUCCCUGGCACCCACCGCGUCGGAGCCGCAGUAUGGCGCCAGCCUACGGCGGCUCAGUUCCCAUGAGGCGAAUCAUGAAACCUGCCGCGGCCAUGGAGGUCGCGAGAUAUAACUUGGAGGAUGCGUUGUCGGACCACUCUGCAUCUUCGGAAUUGUACCCUACCCUCUCGCGAGAGCUUUCGCGGGAAAUGUCGCGGGACAGCAGAGUGACGGACAAGUACGCCUUUGCGUUCGACAUUGAUGGUGUUCUUAUCCGCGGUGGGAGGCCGAUUCCGGAAGCCAUCGAGGCUAUGAAGGUUUUGAACGGAAAGAAUCCGUAUGGAAUUAAGAUCCCAUACAUCUUCGUCACCAACGGUGGCGGCAAGACCGAGCAAGAACGUUGCGUGCAAUUGAGCAAGCAGCUAGAGCUCGAAGUCUCUCCCGGCCAAUUCAUCUGUGGCCAUACCCCUAUGCGUGAGAUGGUCGCGCAAUACAAAACCGUGCUUGUCGUCGGAGGCGAGGGCGAAAAGUGCCGACACGUCGCCGAGAGUUACGGAUUCAAGGACAUUGUGACGCCAGGCGACAUCAUCAAGGACAACCCGCACACCACCCCCUUUAGAUCGCUCACUGAACAGGAGCUCGAGAACUCCAAGCUGCGCAACUACGGAAAGGUCAAGAUCGAGGCCAUCCUGGUCUUUGCGGACAGCAGAGAUUGGGCUGGCGACCAGCAAAUCAUCCUGGACCUGCUCACCUCGAAAGGCGGCUACCUUGGCACGCGGUCGGAAAACUUCGACGAAGGCCCCCCUCUCUUCUUCGCGCACAACGACAUCAUCUGGUCCGCACAACACGACCACACCCGUCUCGGAAUGGGCGCUCUCCGCCUCUCCCUCGAGGCCAUGUAUCACGGCAUCACCGGCAAGAAGCUGGAAGCGACAUCCUUCGGCAAACCGCAGAUCGGCACCUUUGAGUUCGCCACGCGACUCCUGCAGCAAUGGCGCAAAGAAAACAGCGGCAUUGACGCCCCGCCCGAGACCGUGUACUUUGUUGGCGACACGCCAGAGUCCGACAUUCGCGGUUCGAACCUGUUCAACGAGCACUCCGCCAACGAAUGGUACUCCAUCCUUGUCCGCACGGGCGUCUACGAUGAGGGCACGACGCCGAAGUUCACGCCGAAAGCCACGUGUGACAAUGUGUUGCAGGCCGUGCUGCAUGCGAUUGAACGCGAGAAGAAUAAGGAUACGCUGAAAUGGCGCGAUGAAGUCAGCAGCCAGCAAGAAGCGCUCCGAAGCACGCAUUCUGUGGAUUGGGCUGCAAAGGGCUCCAUGAUCUCCACCUGAGAAGGGGCUGUUGGUUCAGUCAUCACUUUGGGAAUUGGCGUUGCGCAUCGAUGGAUUGGGCGCAUUUGUGAUUUUUCCUAUACCCCCGGACAACUAAACUAACGGCCUGCCCGUACACUAGAUCAAUAGAAGAAGACGGAAUAGAUAUAGAAUCGCUAGAGAUAGACAGAGAACAGCUACAAGCUCAAUUCUGGUGGACUCAC